GACCCAAUGGGCAAUAGUUAAUUUUGAAUUUAAUAAUUUGAUCUAAGUUGAAAAUUCUAAACUUCCUUCUUGCUAGCAUUAAUCAUUUGAUAACUGUGUAUAAUCGAGAGUAUUGGAAUUAAGACCAUCUAGUUAUCUGUAAUUUUUAUACCUACUUCAUUUUAAAAGUUCGCUUUCAGCUUAUCAAUAAAGAUUAUAUGAUACGUGAUAAACAUUUGUAUGCUAUCAAUACUGAAUUGGCUUCAUAGUACAUGCUUUCCAAUUGAAUGCGUACAAAUUUCCUAAUGAAUGAAAGCAAUCUAAUUGAAAUUGCUCAACUGCAGCUCAGGGAAGCGUAUAUUGAAGAGGAAAUUAUGACCUAACCAUCAAACACCAGCCGGCUGCCGGACUUUGAUGCUGUAGAUAAAUAAACUAAUAAUAUAGUCAAAAAAUUAAUAAUUAACAUGUUAUCUUGGAUACAACAUAAAUGGACAGGCCUGUGGCUUCUUAUGCUAGCUUUAGCUGGACUUUCUCUGUUUCUGUAUGGGUUUUUCCCACUGAAGUAUCAUUCCGGAAAAUUGGGCCAUAUGGACGAUUUACCCAAUUAUAUCGAAGGAGUGAGCAUUGACAGUCAUGAGGUUUAUAACUCUGGUGAGAACAGUGUGGUUCUGAUGGUCAUAGAUGGAUUACGCUAUGACUUUGUAACAGAGGAGUACAUGCCUUACACAGGGCAGUUGAUUAAAAAUAAGUCGGCCUGCAUUUAUGUAUCUGUGGCUGAACCCCCAACUGUGACAAUGCCCAGGAUAAAGUCACCACAGCGUAAAAAAGAAAAGGCACAGUGGAGGCGCACAAUUAACUUCUGGAGGGAUAUAUUUGCUAUGAUGACGGGGAGUGUGUCGACGUUCGCGGACGUCGCGUUGAAUUUUGGCGCGCCCGCUGUUAGGGGGGACAGUGUGCUUCGCGUGGCAGCCGCCAGAGGGCGCCGCACCAUCCUGUACGGAGAUGACACGUGGGUCAGACUGUUCCCCGGCUUGUGGACGGAGCACGACGGGACUACAUCCUUCUUCGUCACUGAUUAUACCGAGGUGGACAACAAUGUAACGAGACAUUUAGAUACAGCUCUAGAAACUGAUGAUGAUAAGAAGCCAAAGUUUGACUUCCUGGUGCUUCAUUACCUGGGCUUAGACCACAUUGGACAUCUAGAAGGCGCUAGGAGUCCAAAAAUAAAACCGAAACUGAUAGAGAUGGAUGAGGUUAUCAAGAAGAUACAUCAAGGCAUGAUGAAAUGGGAGAGGAAGGGCGUUCUCCUGGUGUGCGGUGACCACGGCAUGCGCGAGGCAGGCGGGCACGGGGGCUCCUCCCCUGCUGAGGUGUUGGUCCCUCUCGUGGUGCUGCAGACUCAAGGCGUCCAAUGUCCACAUCCGUUGGGUACAGGACCGACGGUGGAACAAGUGGACAUAGCUCCCAGCAUAGCCUGGCUACUGAACGCGCCAAUCCCGGGAGACAGUUCCGGCAAGAUACUGCCCUCGCUGCUUCCUACAGACAUACGGCAACACUUGUAUCUCCUGCACGUCACUGCCUCGCAUAACGCUAAACAAGGCUUGCCCACUGAUACAGAAUUCUUCAAACAGUUCAAACGCGCUGAGGCGCAGUUCGCGCGCUACUUAUCAACUGGACAGGACAGUGCCGCUAAAAUCGCCAAAGAGUUCUAUGAAGAAUCGCUCAUUGCUAUGUCCAAAUAUCUCACAGGCAAUUCCACGGACUUUGACGUUUUUGCGCUCGGAAUUGCUACUGUUCUCUUAUAUUUUGUCGUAACAGCACUCCUCUGCGUUACACUAUACUCAUUCCAAGAAGAAAACUGCAGAAAAAUAAGCAUAACCGACCGGCACAAGACCAGCAUUGGCUCACUUGUAGCAUUUGCUAUAGUGGCCAUUAUAAUGACAAUUAUAUUGACUGUUGUAUGCUUCAUAUCGGAGACAAAAAGUCAACUAUGUUCCUUUAAUCCUCUAUGGUCUAUUGCAUUCCUUUCUAUAGCAUUUGCGUUGGCAGUAACAUACGUCCUGGUUAAAACAGGUGUGGAAAAAAUAAAAGAUCUAUCAACUCUGAGAGAAUUAAACGCUAUAGACUAUUUGCUUAUUGUCGGGACUUUAUUCCAUUCCUGGUCAUUUUUUGGGACAAGUUUUAUAGAAGAAGAGCAUAUGACUUGGUAUUUCUUCUGGAAUACGUUGAUGUGCUUUGUGCUGGCGAGGACCAUUGUGGUAGUGGUGUUGUACUUCAGUAAGAGAUGGUCUGGUGCGACUGAAGUGCAAGAGAAACCAGAGUUGGAGAAUAGAAUGAGUGUGGUCGGUAUUGGUAUUGUGCCGCAGUGGGUUCUGCUGAUUGCUUUGCAUAGGUACCUCCGCACCAUGAACCAGACGGGAGACAGGUGGCUGUUCCUGCCAGAUACGGCGGACUGGCUCAACGCGCCCGAGAACUCUUUCUAUCUUCAAGGCCAUAUUGUUGUCGGAACAUUAGCCACAUUAGGAAUAUGUAUAUGGAAUGGGCGUCAUAUGAAUAACUAUAUCCAUAUACACUCAUUACUGACAAUACUCGCCACAGCUUGUAUAUUGUGCUACAGAAUAUCAACAGACGCUCUUUACACGCCAAUUGCGACCUUAAGGACAUGGGAUAGUGUUGCAAUUGUGAAUGUCUUCUGGUGGAUUCUCAUAUUCCAAGUCAUUUUCGAAAUACUUACAUACAUUGGAUCAUUCAGGCCUUGUGGAAUAAAACUGCCAGUGUCGAAUAAGUUUACAUACAACAAACCAAAGGAGAAAAGUGAGGAUUACUUCUACGACCAAAUGGAAGAACCGUGGAAUGUAGAUGAUGUGAGGUUGAACUUGGCGAGGUCGCUGUCUCAUAUAAUGUACAAUCAGUUGAUGUUGGUGAUAGUUUUGUUGAUGCGGCCCCAUAAUGUUGUUAUGGUGCCCAGUGUUUAUAUAACGUGUGUUAUUACCUCCAAGUGUCUGGACCAUAAGUUGUUGGACGCAAGGCCGUCCAGGAAUGUGGAUGUUGUUGAUAUCAUCGGCAGAACUCUUGUGCAUGUGUGGAUCGGUUAUGUUUUCUUUUUUUAUCAGGGUAAUUCAAACAGCCUAGCGUCAGUGGACCUGGGUUCGGGAUACGUGGGGUUAGCAGAGUACAGCCCUGUGCCUGUAGCGGCUCGCAUGGGACUGCAUGCAUAUGCGGGUCCGGCGUUGGCGGGUGCCGCCAUUUUCUGCUAUGUGGCGGAAGUUUCUAACACGUGGCAAAAGUAUCUUCAAGCCGUAUGGCGCGUCACCAACAUCCUGGCUCUACAAAGAGUGUACCAGCUAGUGAUGUACUGCUUGAUAGCAAUAAUAUUCCGUCACCACCUGUUCGUGUGGUCGGUUUUCUCGCCCAAGCUCCUCUACGACUUCGUGGCGACCGUAUUCUCCUUGCAGGCGCUCCUCACAAUCGCCGAGAUUAUUUUAUUGACACACCUCACUAGCUGGUUGGCUAAAACGAUCACGUAUAAGAGAAUUUCAUAAAGUAAUGUAAAAAAAAAGUACAAGAUUAUCUAUAAUAAAUACUAAUAGUGGA